AUGAUCUGGAGGCUUGCGGCGCAUGGUGGGUGCGCAAAUGCUGGAAAGAACCUGGCCAUGGUCUUUGUUCCACCAGUGAAGCCAACUGUUUGCCAAAGAAAUCAGCAUGAGUUUGCCAAGACAGGCCUUGGCACACCUUCUCUUGGUGCAAGCAACUUCGUGCGUACCUUCAGAGAACUUCUGCCCCCUGGUGGAAAGGCAGGUGACUGUGCUGAGGGUGCUGCAGCUUCAGACAUCCGCUCAGCUUGGCGAGCCAAUACCGCAGAGAUCGGGCAGCUGCUGAGUUCAUAUUUCUCUUGCUUGCCUAGCACGCAGAAAAUUGGGGAGCAGUUGGGGGUGAGUCAGCCUGAGCUCAGUUCCAUUGUGGUUGAGUUGCGAGGACUUCGAGAUCAGCAAGUGGAAAAUCUCGAACUGCAAAUCAAGGAUUUGCGUUCAGACCUUUGCGAGAUUAUGACACUGAAGGUGAAACCUCGCCUCGCUUCGCUGGAGAGGGAGGCCAGUGAGACGCGCAGACGCUUGCUGCUGCUUCCAACCUGCAGCGUGGCUGGGGAGCACACUGGUAGCUGUCGACACUGUCGCAGCAACCGGGGCUCUGCGACAUUUCGAGCCGCAUCGCCUGAUGGAGAGGAGUUGAAGAAGGCCAAGAAGGAACUCCAAGACAUUGGGGAGGCCUUGCUUCCGAUCACCGUUCCAAGCGAAGCUGCCACCGACCUUGCACCAAAUGUGGAGCCUCUCGAGACCGCAGAAAUUGGUGAAGUUCUUGAGCCUGACACAGGAGCAGUAGGAGUCGAAGGUGGGGUAGCUGGGCCAGCUUUGAUGGUGCCAGGCACAAAUGUGCUGACCGGUUUGGCUGUAGGUGCACUGAGGGAGGUGAUGUCACCUGAACUUCUCGCCCUGGAACAGAGGGGCGGUGGCUUAGUGUCGACCUUGUCGCAUGUGGCGCUCUUUGGACUGGGAGCUUUGAUUGCCAGGAGUGCACCCUGCCAGGGCAUCUCCCAGGUUCUCAAUGGUGUCUUGCAGCAUGUGCCAUUCCUGAGAGGCGAGAACUAUUUCGCCCAAUCUGUCCAGCUGUUGGUUGGAUCACAAGUUGGACAAAUGAUCGGGCGACACCUGCGCCAAGCCGAUCCUCCAGCUGCAACUGCAGGCACUGCAGCUGCUGAAGCACCAGCUGAUGGGGUCACAGGGCCUCGCAUUGGGUUCGUGGCACAAGAGUGUGUCGUUUGCAACGAUGCCCUGCAAGGGAAGGUCACGGUAUUAUUCAACUGUGGCCAUGCAUGCAUUUGUGAGGACUGCUCCGGCCUUUGGGAAUCCCGCAGUGAUAGGGCUUGCCCAGUUUGCCGCCAAGCGAAUGCCCUGUUGGACCGAGCACGGCGAGAGCUGCAACGGCAAGAGGAGUUAGUGCAGGCCCGCUGUGCCGUCGAACAGCGGCAGCAAUUGAUUUUGGAUGCUGCGGGACGUGACAUGUCCAAUGAGGCACGUGACAUCCUGCGGCUGGCGGAACAGUCUGCCCAGCAGCUUGCAGAGCAGCGGGCGAAGGAGGUCACUCAAAGCGUGGCGACGGAGCUCCUGAAGAAGGCGGAGACAGUCCUGCAAUCCGAGAUUGCUGAAGUCAGUGCCGUGUCGUGCGAGGCGACUGAUGCCCUGCGGGAGCGCCUAACAGAGGCGCAGACCGCGGCGGAGCAGUUUGCGGCCUCCGGGAUGCAAAAGCUGAAGAGGGACUCGGAAGAGGGUGCCGUUACCCUGCGGGAUGGUUUCUCCAAGGUGGAGAAAACUCUGCGGUCAGAGGUGGCUCGAAUCUCCUCUGCAGCCAACAGCGCCUCACAGGAAGCCACUUGCGCUUCCCAACAGAUUUCACGGCUUCAAGCUGGAGUUCGUGGAGUGGAGGAAACUUUGGAACGACGGACGCAGUGGAUGAGGACAGCGAAGAGCGAACUGGAGGUCUCCAUCAGUGAAGCAGCAGCAGCUUCCAUGGGGGCGGUGUCGCGAUCGGUGCGAAGCAUAUCAUCAGAGGUGGAAGAACAGCAACGCGGUCGCAUUGAAGAUGCUGCCCGUUUGGAGAGGUUCGAGGAUGCGACCCAGCGUCAAGCCCAAGCUCAGGCCAAAGUACUGGAUGAACUGCGGGAGGCUGUGUUGGCCACAGCAGAACGGCGGCCUGGUGAAGAGCAAAACCUCAUGAAGAAGGUUCAUGACGUUCUUCGAGCAUUGAAGGAAAAGCUGUCCAAGGAAGGCCGUGAGACUGUGGAGGCUGCAGGUCGUGCAGUUGCUGAGGUGUGGCCUCAACUGGGUGCUCCAAGUGGCAGCCAUCUCUUCGUGAUGUUCUCAUGCAUGAGCAGGCGCUUCACGCUCUCAGGCAUUGACAGCUUGUACUGCACCACCGACACAGCAGAGGAUGUGGUAAGGUCAGUCAUUGAAGCCACACGGAGCGAAGCACAGCUCGUCAAGAAUGAGGUAGCGGCUGCAGUUUCCGAGCGCAUCCAGGCACUACAGGCUAGGCAGCAGGAACUUGUCGAACAGAUCGACUCCCUGGUCCUGACCAAGCUGGAGACACUUACGGAGCAGCUGCAGCAGAUCCAAGGUGGGACCUGCCCCUAUGCUCCAGGGGACGCGGAAAAUCAGCCACGAGCGGGGGUGUAUCUGCUGAAUGCUGAUGCUGUUCUCAGUUUUAGGCUGGCGGAGACAGACUUCGCCGAAAAGAUUCCCUCUUGGGGUCAAGUGGGCGAGAAAUCGACCUAUGCUUCCCUGAGCUUCGCAAAGGGGCCAGGACUUGGAGUUCUCAAGGUGAACAACCCAUCCUUCUUGUGGGUUUUCGCGUGCGAUCGAGAGGGGCAGCGUCGCACUGAAGGAGGCGACAGGGUGGUGGCUACACUCUCCCAUCCCGAGGAAUUUCAGGAUGUAUCCGUGGAGGACCUCCAAGACGGCAGGUACAAAGUUACCUUCUUGCCACUUACACCUGGAAGCUACAACUUGCAGAUUUCCAUCGGACCAGAGGGUGCUGAUGAGGAGCUAUGUGGAUGCCCCUUCACACUAGAAGUGCGACCGCCGACCGUCUACCAGACAAUUGGAGUUGAUGCUGAAACUGAAGGUAAAGCGCAACUAGGCACCCACAGCACCUGGCAGCAUUGCAACGGGGCCGGAAGUGGCUCCAUGUCGUCACCCAACUGGCCCUCCUUGCGCCGCCUCUUUGCGGCUGUGGGUGUGCUGGAACAGGGGGAUUUCGAAGAGAUCUUCCAGCAGAUCCGUUUGACAAAGGAGGACAUCCAUCAGCUGGUGCUGGAAUCUGGCGCCAUGAAGGAUGGACUGGUGGACUGCGUCAAGGCAUUCGAUUGGAUCUGCCCUGCUGUCAAUGCUACUGAGAAGGAGGAGUUCAGAGAAGCUGCUGAUGAUGGCGAUGCUCCGCCGGCGGCUUGCCCCGAAGUUCCGGAAGCUUCGGAAGAGAUUUCUCCAAGUGGCUGGGUGGCCAAGGAUGAAGCCAUGGAAUUUGGCAUCAGAACAGAGGCCAUCAGGGGACUCACACCUCCUGAGCUCUUGAAAAAGCUGGCGGGAGAGGGAUGCAGCAUUCCUGUAGUGGAGGAUCGAGCCAUCCAGCUGAAUCAACUUGUCUAUGUGCUGGUCUGCAUUCGCUGUGGAUGUAAGGAAUAUGGCUGGACUGAUGCUGAAGGCCAAGCCCUGACCUCCAGCUGCGUGAAUCUCUACCACUUGGUGGACCUGCUGGUGAAGCCGGCGACGGCUUCAAGGGAAUGCAGCUUCGUGGAGCUGAUGGCUGAAGGGCCACAGCCCUGCAAGUGGUUCGUCUCCCAUUGGUGGGGAGAGCCAGUCUGUGAUUUCACCGCGUGUCUGCGACAGCAUGCCAAAGAUCGGAAUCUGGAUCGGACGGCGCGGUACUACUGGGUCUGCGCUUAUGCCAAUAAUCAAUGGAAUGUGAGCGGUGAGAUAGGAGAAGAUCCCUCCAAUAGCAGCUUCCGCCGUGCCAUGCGCAAAGCCUCUGGAACUGUCUCCAUCGUGGACAAAGAUGCCUUUUGCUACACGAGAGUUUGGUGUAUCUACGAAACCUACGUGUCAACACUAGAGCAAGCAGCUCACCAGCAUCACGGUUCUGAGAGAUAUCUCUUUGAUAUCUACACCAACGAGAAUCCAGAUGCUCGUGAAGCGGUGGGCAUCACUGAUGGAAUUGCUGCUGUGGAUGGUACUGGACCCAAGCAGGCCAGGCGGAAACGGCACCGAGAGUGGCGCUUUCCCUUCGAGUUGAUCCAGAAAGCGUUAGACAUCAAGGUGGAACACGCCUUUGCGAGCCGAGAAUCUGACCGUCGGAUGAUCUUAAACUCAAUCGCCGGGGUUUCGGAUCUGACUGCUUCACCAGACACGAGUCAUCCAGGUUACGACUUGUUGAACGAUGUGUUGCAUGGCCGCUUCUCUGCAGCAUCAUUCUGUAAAGCUUCAAGCUUAUCAGUUGACUUGGCGAAGCAUGCUUCUGCGCUGUCGUGCUCCCAACUGCAGACUCUCUGCCUGCAUUUUGGUGGGGAUUGCUUAGAGAAACUGGUGGACAAUGCUGUUGUGAUCUUGGCUUCAAACUUGCCGGAGACGCUCUUGGAUCUUUUUCUGGGCUUUCAGGGUUGCAGGAAGCUGACAGAUGUUUCAGCAGCAGCUUUGGGCAAAGCUUUGCAGCGCUUAAAGCACUUGCACAAACUGGAGCUGCGGCUCUCCACGGGGCCGCGGAUCACAGAUGAUGGACUGAGCGCCUUUGCUCAAGGGCUGGCUUCGAGAGCUGACUCGCUGGAAUGGUUGGCCCUGGAUUUCUGCGCCAAGGGAGGAAAGCAGAAAAUCUCUGAGGCAGGCUGCAUUGCAUUGGCUGAGGGUUUGGAACAUCUGCAGCUUUUGCGACAGGCAGCCCGGGAGAGCCUCAUGUUGCAGAUCGCAUUGGGCCUGGCCCAGGGCUUCCGAAUGUUGAUGAAGUGGGUGCGGGCAGUUCGGCCAUUCAUGUCCUGUCGCACAAUCUACCGAAUCUACCGAGCUUCUGAUAUGGCCAUGCUAUAUUCGCCAAGGCCAUGCGGCAUCGUUGCAGAUCGCGAGAACAAGAUCAUCGUCUCUGAUCUGCUGAACCAUCGUUUGCAGGUCCUGGAGUUUAAUCCCAGGACGCAAGAGUUGGCCUUCCUGCAGAGCAUUGGGAGCGAAGGAAGUGGCCCGGGCCAGUUUUCUUUCCCAAAAGGCUUGGGCCUCACGGAGAACGGUGGCCUUUUGGUCUGCGAUUCUGCAAACCACAGGGUGCAGGUGCUAGACAUGGAUGGCUUCAAAAUGCUCCGAGAGUUUGGAUCCUAUGGCUUUGGCGACGGGCAGUUCGACUCACCUCUGGCUGCCACCAUCACUUGCACGGGAGAGAUUCUCAUUUCUGACGGGAACAAUCGUAUCCAGGUGUUUGAUGGAAAAGGAGGCUUCCUGCGGUCAUUUGGAGUGCGAGGGAAGAAGGACGGAUUCUUCCACUAUCCUGUUGGCAUUGCUGUGAAUGACGAGAAUGCACUCUUUGUUUGCGACCAAGGCAAUCAUCGGAUUCAGGUUUUCAAUGCUUCUGACGGCAGUUUCAUCCACAAGUGGGGAGGAUCCAAGAAGAAAAAGGAAGCGCCUCCGGAAGGGGAAGAGGUGCCCCCAGAUUCAGAAGGUGAAGAGCCGCAACCAGAUGAGUGGCAGGGUUUGAGGUCCCCUGCCGGCAUCGCUGUGAAUGCCAGCGGCAUGAUUGUGGUCUGCGGCCCUGGAUCCAACAGAUGGCGGCAGAUGGCUGCAGAUGCCAUGAGGAUGAACAUGACGAAUCAUGAGCAUUGCAGCAUUGCCCGGCUUGAACUCCAGCAGGAACUUCUCCAGCACGCAGAGACGGUGGCGAAGAGCCGUGCAGUGGCCACGGCACGGGAGGAAGUGUCACGCGAAGUGGCAACGUUGCGCAGAGAUGUGGAGGAACAGGUGAGGGAGGACCUGCGCAAGCAGAUGAUGUCUCUGGGGCAGGAAUGCUCAGCAUCGAUUGAAGCACAGGUGAAGGACUCCUUAGCCAACUCCAAUGGCCGCCUUGAGAGACGAAUGGAGGAACUCUUCCGCGACUAUCGAGCACAAGAAAGGAGCGAAGUCCGUGUCAUCGCUGCCAAGACUGAGAGUCUUUGUGAGGAACAAGUUCGGCAACUCCUGUGGCAAGUUGAGGACCAGACGAAACUGGCAGCAAGCAAGACUGAGGAGGGCUGGCACCUGGCACAAACUCUACAGGAACGAGCAGCAGCGGCCGUGAAUUUUGCUGAGGCUGAAGCACAGCGCCUAGCAGCCCGUGGCGAGGCUAAGGCAGAGGAGCACUGCCAACAUGCAGAGGCUGAAGCAUUGCGACUGGCCCAACGUGGAGAGGAGCGCGCAGCCGUGGCGGCCAAACUUGCCCAGGCGAAGGCAGAAGAGCUUGCCAGUCGAGCAGAGGAGCAAGUGGUGCACAUCACAGAGGUCGCGGAGGCCAUGGCUUCUCGCACCAAGGAGGAAGCCGCGGCAUCGGCCAAAUAUGCGGAGGAGCAUGCAGCCAGCUUGGCGGCCAGAGUGGAGGACUCUGGCACCCAGUGCAAAGAGCUCAUGGGGGAUUUGUCCAGAUCACAUCUGCAGAAGGUGGAGACUAUGCAGGAUGUGGUGAAAGGAACCCUCCAAAAAAUGGAGGCACUGGAGGCUGAGUACCGUGCUUCACUGGAGCUGUUCAACGCCAUGAAGGAUCAAGCCUUUGCAGCUGCGCAGCAAGCCUUCGAAGCACAGGACGACGACUGGAGUUCCGAUCCCUUGAUGGAUCCCCAGUUUUUGCGUCAGUUGCCAACCUUGAGAUCCAUUCUCUUCAAAUAUCAAAUAUCAAUAAAUAUCAAAUAUCAGUUGGUUGCUGUGAAGCUGAAGAUUUUCAAGUUCUCCGAUCCAAAUCAGUGGGCCCAGUGGACCUUCUCAUGGCCUGGUGAUAUUUUGGGGUGCCAAGAGUGCGGUGUACACUGGAGAAACAUGGAGAAACCAGGCUGAAACAUCGCAGGAUUCCGAGCAGACAAUGUACAGUACGC